AGCCGGACUUCAUUUAUUUGUAGAAUGAUAUUUAAAUCUACGCGUACCCAAAAAAAGAAAAAAUACGGAAGUUGAUGUCCAUGAAAAAAAAAAUUUGGAGAAAUAGUGGUCGCUACAGCAUAGCAGAAGUUUCAUGCUGGACAAAGAGGGGAUCGUUUUCGCCUCCCAGUAUCGCCCUUCCCCGAUCCCAUCUCUUCUGGAUCGCUCGAAUUCUUUCCAUCCCUCCUCCGCUUCGAUUGGCGUCGCUUUCUCUCGAUCGCGAGCCCGCUGGAUAUGGGACUGGUCCAAGCUUUGUCGUCCGUGGAUUGGGAGCAGGAGUCCUACCCCGCCUACGAGGAUUUCGUCGCUCUGCCCUUCGUCGUGCUCUUCUUCCUUACCGUCCGGUUCCUUCUUAAUAGAUUCGUGUUCGAGAGGUUGGCAAAGCGACUUAUAGGAAAGGGACUGGAAACUAAUGAAAGACGAAAAAAGAUCAAAAAAUUUCAGGAGUCAGCUUGGAAGUGUGUUUUUUUUCUUUCGGAAGAGCUUCUAUCUCUGUCUGUUACAUAUAAUGAGCCAUGGUUCAAAAAUACCAGAUACUUUUGGGUAGGACCAGGAGAGCAGGUUUGGCCAGAUCAAAAAAUAAAAUUUAAACUUAAGGCUGUAUACAUGUAUGCUGCUGGAUUUUACACAUAUUCAAUAUUUGCACUGAUGUUAUGGGAAACAAGGCGGUCAGACUUUGGAGUGUCAAUGUCUCAUCAUGUGGCAAGUGUUGUUCUUAUAGUGUUGUCUUAUAUAUUCAGGUUUGCUCGUGUUGGAUCAGUUGUGUUAGCCAUUCAUGAUGCAAGUGAUGUGUUUUUAGAAACGGGGAAGAUGUCCAAAUAUAGUUCUUGUGAGUGGCUGGCUAGUGCGUCAUUUCCUCUUUUUGUUGCUUCAUGGUUUAUACUUCGCCUCAUAUACUUCCCUUUCUGGAUCCUUCGAAGUACAAGUUAUGAAGUUGUAUUGACUCUGGACAAGGAGAAGCACAAGUUUGAAGGACCCCUAUAUUAUUAUGUUUUCAAUACACUUCUAUUCUCUCUGCUUGUUCUUCACAUUUACUGGUGGGUACUAAUGUACCGGAUGCUUGUAAAACAAAUCCAGUCCAAAGGACAUGUUGGGGAUGACGUUCGAUCAGAUUCUGAAGGUGAAGAGGAACAUGAAGAUUAACUUGGGAAGACUGUUAACUAUGUACUCUUUUGUAAACACCGAAUUCACCAAAACGUCAUGCUUCAUUAUCUUGUUUUCUGCUAUUAUUCUUUUGAUUUGCUCAAUUCUAUGCUGGCUACUAGAACUCAGAGGGCUGGCAAGUGUUGGAAACAGGAUCAGCCUGUUCUCUUUUUUCAGAUUAACCUCACAACUAGAGUUGUUGGGAAUCAGUGCUCCCAUUUCAUGUAUUUUUUCAAGUAGGUUACUGUUAUUGGAGAUACCUCGUCAUUAGAGGGCUUUUGUAUAUUUAUUUUGGAAACAGAUAUGGAUGCGAGAAUAGAUGAUAAAAAUCAAGCUAAA